CGAGCCCGGAGGCGGCGGCUGCCACCACCGGCUCCCGCACUCCGCAGCCCAGCCCUGCGGUCUUGGCGGGACGCACUGCCCAGCAGCGCCGCGGAGCUGAGCCCAAGAAGCCAGUUUUGCUGCUAGUCCCACCGAGCCCCGACUCUGCGCUCGCAUCCCACGAGGGGAGCGACUCUGCCACCAGCGGCGCCAUCCCGGAUGCAGUGGCGCAACUUGGAGCAACUUUAAGAUCCGACCAGUCCUCCCAGCCGCGCGGACCCUGAUCAAGAAGGCGAGCGAGAAGAUGCCUCGGCCGGGCCGCAACACCUAUAGCGACCAGAAGCCACCCUACUCUUACAUCUCGCUGACCGCCAUGGCCAUCCAGAGCUCCCCCGAGAAGAUGCUGCCUCUCAGCGAGAUCUACAAGUUCAUCAUGGACCGCUUCCCUUACUACCGGGAGAACACGCAGCGCUGGCAGAACAGCCUGCGCCACAACCUCUCCUUCAACGACUGCUUCAUCAAAAUCCCACGGCGGCCGGACCAACCCGGUAAGGGAAGCUUUUGGGCGCUGCAUCCUAGCUGUGGGGACAUGUUCGAGAACGGCAGCUUCCUGAGGCGCCGUAAGCGCUUCAAGGUGCUCAAGUCGGACCACCUGGCGCCCAGCAAGCCCGCCGACGCGGCGCAGUACCUGCAGCAGCAGGCCAAGCUGAGGCUCAGCGCGCUGGCCGCCUCGGGCACGCACCUGCCGCAGAUGCCCUCCGCUGCUUACAACCUGGGCGGCGUCGCGCAGCCCUCAGGCUUUAAGCAUCCCUUCGCGAUAGAGAACAUCAUCGCGAGGGAAUACAAGAUGCCUGGGGGACUGGCCUUCUCGGCCAUGCAGCCUGUUCCCGCUGCCUACCCGCUCCCUAAUCAGUUGACUACCAUGGGCAGCUCUCUGGGCACCGGCUGGCCACACGUGUACGGUUCCGCGGGUAUGAUCGACUCGGCCACUCCCAUCUCCAUGGCGAGUGGCGACUACAGCGCCUAUGGAGUGCCGCUGAAGCCUCUGUGCCACGCGGCGGGCCAGACGCUGCCCGCCAUCCCGGUGCCCAUCAAGCCCACGCCGGCCGCUGUACCUGCGCUGCCCGCCCUGCCCGCGCCCAUCCCUACCUUGCUCUCGAACUCGCCGCCCUCGCUCAGCCCCACGUCCUCGCAGACAGCCACCAGCCAAAGCAGUCCUGCCACCCCCAGCGAAACGCUCACCAGCCCGGCCUCCGCCCUGCACUCGGUGGCAGUGCACUGACCCACAGAAGCCGGGGCUUCCCUCUUGGUCACCUGUCCGCCACUCCACUCGCAACUUCCCCGGGUCCAGCCCUCUCCGACCUAGGACCGCGGUCCUAACUUGUUCAUUCUUCUUCCUCCAACUCUCUCUCCCGGGAGAACUUUUGUUUUGGGACCCAGAAGACAAACCACAAACUUGCUGGAAGGCGCGUGAGCGCUUGUCUUCGCCUCUCCUAUGUUCCAGGGAAAGCAGGGGCUAACCUAAGCCAAGCGGUCCCUCCAGGUCCCCCGAAACCCACUCCCAUUCAACUGGCAGGACACCCUGCCUCCCUCCUGCGCGGGGCAAAAACGUGUCUUCUACUGGACUCCGCGUAGCUCAGGACUCCGUGAGAUUC